GUCCCUGGUAGCAUCCGCUCCAGAGACAAUUGAUCUGGUUCUACCACAUAAAGUGUGUCUAUAAGAGUUAUUGUGCACUGUUUCUAUUGUGCGUCCUGUCAAUAUCGAACACAUAUUAGAAGAUAGCAGGUUCAGAGUCCACCGAAACCACUCGCCUUCACCUUCGCCUUCGCUACCUUUGCGAAUCCAUCCCAUCUUCCACGAGCACCGGUCAUCCCAUCUAUCACCCACCUUCACCUGAGAUCCUGUGGACGCACUAUUUUUUCCAUGUUCUCCCAACCCUCCAACCAACCACCCGCGCGCGCUGCAACCAACGACAACAGCCACCACUUCGCCUUCUCCUUCUCCUUCAUCCCCUCCCAGUGCGACUACAUGCUCGCAAGGCCAACAUAUAUCAUUCGCAGCAGCGUGCGAGGGUACAUUUUCUACUACGAACAAACAGUCUUACCAGACGAGCUGCUCGAAAGCAACUCCCGCAUCUCGUCUCCGGAGGAGCAAGACUAUCGGCUCAUCCGGCGACAGUUCAUCGCUCAAGGAUCCAAAUCCAAAAAAUUACGCAAGCGGGCGACAGCCCACAGCAUAUACGUAAGUACCUUGUUCGAGGAGAGCAUGCCUAUCAACGAGCCCAUUUCCCUGCGUGAGAUCUUCAAGAUGAAUGAGAGGGCCAAUAAUGCUGCGGCUGCCAACCGCAACAUUACCGGCCGUGGUAUCGGGGCUUCUGGCCCGAGCAUCAGCAGUCUCGUUGUCGAAAUCGACGACGAGCCGUGGAAGUUAUUCAGUCCCAAGGGACCGGCUGCUCGGAAGGAGUACUUGGAAAGUGUUGAGAAGCGUCUCGGGUUGGUUGGUCUGCUGGGUCGCGAUGGUGCAGCUCCCACUGCUAAAGCUAAAGGUAAGGGAAAGAUGAUGUCCGACGAAGCACCCCGUGAAGAGGAGGGUCGUCGCACGGGUUUCUCUUCUGCCUUACAUCCCAUUCCCAUUCGUGUGCGUGGCCCCAAGUAUAAGCAGCACUGCGUCAAUCUCUACCUUGACGGUCUCGACAUCACUAUCUCUGAUAGCGACUCGGAUUCCGACUCGGACUCGGACUCAGAUGGAAGCUUCCAGCUCGUCAUGCGACGCGAGGCCAACAUCCAAAACAGCAAGAUGGUAGCCAAGGUUAAUCAACAAGAAGCUGGACCAAGUUCUUCUAAGCAUAGUGACGACCAUGACCUCGGGUUCACUACCAAGUAUGCCUUGGGAGGGGCUUCUGCGAAGGAGCAUGUAACCUCCCUCUUGCCUCAAGAGAAGGAUCAACAACAAACCGCUGGACAGAAAUCGUACCAGGACAAGUACGAACAGGACCGCGCAUCCUUCAUCAAAGAGUUGAAAGAUGCUUUUGCAACGGACUUUGAGCCCCCCGUUCAGCGUCGAGAGGAGAAAGUAAAGCCGUCCCUGGUUAGGAGUAAGUCUACCAAAAGGGCGAGGCCCUCAAGCGGUGGAGGCAUCGUGAAGCGUCUUUGCAGGAAGGUGAAAACUAAACUUGUUACAGGUGAGGAGGCCAUUGACUUCAGAGCCUCGGCUUCUCGUCAUCGGGAAGGUCCUGCUCAAGAAAAUGAGGAUGGAGGGCACUUGCCUGCCGAGUCUCAUGCACGUGUGUCCAGGUCGAAGUCUCACUCCCGCCGAGGCCGCGAUGAGAGGUCUUCAGAGGGACUGCAGAGGAGCCUCUCUGUGCCUGGAAACUCUGACCGCCGCGUUGGUGGCAGCUUUCGCAAUGAAGAGAGCAACGUCCGUGGCAGGACCGCUGAUCAUGAAGAGAGGUUGGGCCGUAGACUCCGUGACGACAAUGACGACUCUCGCGGAGUAAGGUCAUCCUCCUCGACCUCAUCUCUGAUUGUUCAUCCAAGCUCGUCUCCGGUCAGACGUGCACGCCGUGCACGCCGUGGACGUCGUCAAAGUCGUGAACGUUCUCUUGUCCCGGCUCUUUACGCUGGAUCUUCGUCGUUGGUUCCAUCCCCGAGUGCCCCAGUGCUUCCUCAAUUCACCCUCGCCGAUGCUGAACACCCCGAGACCCGCGAAGUCUUCAAGACUUCCCACUCCAGCCCCUACGAAACCCACAGCUGGCCCCAGAGACUGGAAGACGUAACUAAGCCGCUCGAGAGGAAAGACUCGCUCGUCUCCGAUGAAAAAGAUACCAAUCUUCACAACAAGUGCAAUUCCCGUCUCGAGGAAGUCGCCCGGCAGGCCGCCGACGAGGCGAUGGAAAGGCUCCGCCACUCCCGCAAGAUGGACAGCCGCGAGAGUAGCGUGUCGAUGACCACCCCCUUCAACUCCCCGGCUCGCUACUCCAUGAUCUACGGAGACGCAGCCCUACUCGGCGGCAUGCACUGCAGCCGCCGCCUCGACCCGAACUUCACGAAUACGGAACGCCAGAGCCGGUUUCUGACAUGCCUCGGCGAUCCCAACCCCAAACCUGCUACCGUCUUGGGAUACCCAUUGAGCCCAGGGACCGAAGUGUUCAGCCGCAGGUUGUCCGUCAAUCCCGCAGAAAGCGUCCGCGCCUACGAAAUCCUCCGUGCAAGUCUCGACAACACUGCAGACGAAGUUCGCCAUCCACAAGCCAACCAGCGAUGGUUUGACCGUCGGUUCAGCCUGCCCGAAUCUAACAUGGGUACCACUGCUCUGUCAGCAGCUCCAGAGCCUGUGCUGCAACACUCUUCCAGGGUCAGAGGCUACAAGUACAAUACUUCUGGCACCGUGGCUCCGCCGACAUCUCCAGUGGACGAGCCCGCCCAGGAGAAGACUAAGAAGAGAGUCCACUUUGAGUAGGCCAUAUGGCAUGUGUAUGCGUUGAGAUUAUUGAAGUUGAAAUUGCAGCGUCAUCGAUACCAAAUACGUCUAAAUGAGCAUUUCCAUACUGCAUGAGUCUUUUCAGUCUUCAACAAACACGAAUUGAAUACAUGAGGGAUCGAUCCGACGUCGAAUCAUUGGGAACACACAAGCUUCCCUAAGAAUCCGUCCG